AAACAACACUAGAGAAGCAUAGACACAGAACUUCCAGUCUAGAUAUCAAAAUGGGUAACUCGAAACAAAUGGGUUUCUGGUUCUCCUCCUUCCUGUUCCUCAUGGCAGCCUUAGUAGAGUCUGGUGCUAGUGACGGUAGAUGCGAUGUGGCGUGGUGUGGGAAGAACCAGGUGAGUUUCCCCUUCCGGCUCCCUUGGCAGCAACCUUACUGCGGCUAUGCUGAGGUGUACGUAUCUGGUUCCGAGAGGAACGAAAUUCUCCUUCACCUGCCCAAAUCAAACGUCUCCGUUAAAAACAUCAAUUACAGGAAGCAGCUGAUUCAAGUAUCCGACCCAGACAAUUGCUUUCCCAAAAAGUUAACUUCCGACCUCCUAUCUUCUCCUUAUUUCCAUUUUGCAGAAGACGAUAUAUCCAAUUUCACCCUAUUCAGUUGCCCGCCGGAGGAAAACCGGGAUUUGGACGGGGAGAUCCCUUGCCUAAGCGAUACUUCCUCCAAAGUUUAUGCCCAAAGUGCUGAUUCAUACGUGAAUUACUUUCCUCUGCUGCAUUGUACCAAGAUGUCUGACGUUUUGGGAGUCCCAUAUGCCUUGAUGACCGGCCAAAGUAAAGUUCUUCAGUUGAGUUGGAAUGAACCGAACUGCUGGGAUUGUGAGAUACUGGACGGGACGUGUCUGGGGAAUGGUACUGGUACAGAAUUUACAACUUUUUGUAAAGGAGGACAGCCCAAAGGCAAAGAUAAAGGUCAUUUAAAAGGAGAAAUUGCAGGCUUAGUCUUAAGUUCCCUUUUUCUGAUGCUAGUUCUGGGUUCAGCCUAUCAUCUUUAUAGAACUCGUAAGAUAGAAAGAGAGCAUCAAGUGAAGAUAGAAAAAUUUCUAGAGGAUUACAGAGCCCUUAAGCCUACUCGAUAUUCAUAUAUUGAUAUACAGAGAGUUACAGAGAAUUUCAAAGAUAAAUUGGGGCAGGGAGCCUAUGGAACCGUGUACAAGGGAAAGCUUUCAGAUGAAGUGUUUGUUGCUGUGAAGAUCUUGAACAAUUCAGUGGGAAAUGGAGAAGAAUUCAUCAAUGAAGUGGGAACAAUGGGGAAAAUCCACCAUGUUAAUGUUGUUCGAUUGGUUGGUUUCUGCGCAGAUGGGUUUAGAAGAGCUCUAGUUUACGAGUUCUUACCAAAUGAUUCUCUGCAGAAGUUCAUAUCUUCGGCUGACAUGGAAAGCAGUUUUCUUGGCUGGGAGAAGCUGCAAGAAAUUGCUCUUGGAGCAGCCAGAGGAAUUGAGUAUCUUCACCAAGGCUGCGAUCAACGGAUCCUUCAUUUCGAUAUUAAACCACACAAUGUCUUGCUAGACCAUAACUUCAAUCCAAAGAUUGCAGAUUUUGGACUUGCAAAGCUCUGUUCCAAGGAUCAAAGCAAGGUGUCCAUGACAACAGCUCGAGGGACUAUUGGAUAUAUUGCACCUGAAAUAUUCUCUAGGAACUUUGGUAACGUAUCCUGCAAGUCAGAUGUCUAUAGCUUCGGAAUGUUGUUGCUGGAAAUGGUUGGGGGAAGGAAGAAUGUUGAUGUUAAAUCAGAGACUGAUGUCCAAAUUUAUUUUCCGGAGUGGAUAUAUAAUCUCUUAGAACAUGGAGAAGACUUAAGGAUCCAUAUCGAGGAGGAAAAAGAUGUCAGGAUUGCAAAGAAACUGGCAGUUGUGGGACUUUGGUGCAUCCAGUGGCACCCAGUGGAUCGUCCUUCAAUGAAAGCUGUUGUUCAAAUGUUGGAGGGAAAUGGAGAGGAUUUAACCAUGCCUCCUAAUCCUUUUGCUUCCUCCAAUGGUCCAGAAAGAAUUCAUCCGAGUGCUUUAGGAAGGCGCCGGUUCCCCGAGCUAGAAGCCAUCUCAGAAUCCAACCAAGAAACAGAGGGAGACCAUGUAUGAGCAUCUAAGAUAGAUAAUGAGAGAAUUUAGUGAAUAGUGGUUUGUAAAAUGGAAUAUGUCAAGUUAUGCACUUGUUCUUGAUACUUGUAAAAUCUCAAGAUGUAUACCCACUAAAUAAGUUGAAACCUAUAUGUAAAUUUGGAAAAUUAUUAGUGAAUAUCAAUCCAUAUCAAAAUAAGGAGAUUUUAUUAGA